AUGUAUCAUCCCACUAGAGGCGGUGUUCGUGGUGGUCGAGAUCAAUUUAGUUGGGAUGAUGUGAAGGUUGAUAAACAUCGAGAAAAUUAUCUUGGUCACAGUAUCAAGGCACCUGUUGGAAGAUGGCAAAAAGGUAAAGAUCUACACUGGUAUACGAAAGACAAAAAAACUCAGAAUGCAGAAAUGGAGGCUGCAAAAGAGGAGAUUAAAAGAAUUAAGGAUGAGGAGGAGCAGGCUAUGAGGGAGGCUCUUGGCUUAGCUCCUAAGCGUGCAAGCAGAGGUCAAGGUAAUCGGCUUGAUAAGCAUGAGUUUUCAGAACUUGUGAAGCGAGGCUCUACUGCAGAGGACUUAGGUGAAGGGCACGCUGAAGCAGCACGUGUACAUGGUCUUGGUUUUUCAAGAGCACCUUGCCCUUGGGAUGAGUCAAGUUCCCUUCCAUCUACAGUCAAGGACGUUCCACCUGAAAUGGGAAACAUGACUGUGCCUGAUUCACCACCAAAAGAAAAAAAUAAAGAGGAAUUAGAUGAUGAAAGCAGUCGAAAGAAAAGGAGGCGUGAAGAGAGAAAGCAGGAGAAGCAUGAGAGGCGUGAAAAGCGCGAAAAGCAUGGAAAACAGCAUUCCUCAGAUGAGAGAAGGAAACACAAGAAACACAAGGAGAAGAGGAGACAUGAUUCAGACUCUGAAUAA